AUGGUCGAACCAGAAGUACAAAUAACCCUUAGUUCAGAAAAUACUGACCCAGAGCAGCAAGUCGCAAUUAAGAGUAAACGCCGACAACUUAGAGCUCGAAUCACUCGUUCUAUAAAACGUAUUAGGGAAUUUAUUGAACAAAACAAUCACAAUAAAACACGAUUUGAUAAAGAGAUGGCAGAAUUGAGGCGCGAUUUUGAAAGCGCACGCGAGUUCCACACGCAAUUAUAUGAUUUUGCAGACGAAUCCCAAUUACCAACGAUGGACAAGUGGGAAAACGAUCUAACGAACGAUGUUUAUUCGAUCGAAGAAGAAACUGAACUUUAUUUAAGUACGAUUUCGUUGCCCGAGGCAUCACAAACCUCGCAAAUCCAAAGUACCUCGCAAAAUAUGCAAAGUAUGCAGACUCCCACUGAGCCUGAGAUUGAACCUGAGACUAUACCUGUGUCAAGUAUUGAAAAUAAUCCAGCAAACGAAAUAUCUGAAGCCCCACAAGUCUCUCCCAUUUCAGUAGAAUCUGGUCAAAAUACAAUAAAUACGAAUUUAUCCUCCCCAACAACACCUUGCCCCUUUGACGCAUGGAUAGACGAUUUGGUAGAGUUUAAAGAAACUGUUUUGCCCAAAUCAUCUCAAAGUGUUUCUGUAGCUGACGCACUUUAUAAAUUAGAAGCGAGUAAAGAUAUACCGACCAUUAAACUGCCCAAAUUCAGUGGAAAUGCGCUCUUCUAUGCCGAUUUUAUUGGUCGAUUCAAAAUUCAUAUUCAUGACAAACCGCACUUGACAGAUGACAUGCGAAUGAUUCAAUUAAAAAUGCACGUUACCGGAGAUGCCGAACGCGCGAUUUCGGGACUUGGGUCCAAGGGUGUUAUGUAUGCGACAGCAUUAAAGAUUUUAAAGGAACAAUUUGGACAGCCAAGUACUAUAGCUCGUUCUUUGGUAAAUCAACUUACCAAGGGAGACAAGAUUCAACGUAACGAUAGACGCGCGCUUCGAGAACUUUCGAUAGACUUAGUUAAUUGCGUAGCAACCAUGCAUCAAGUCAAGUACUUCGCUGACGUCAACGCCAGUGACAACCUCCGAAAGAUAGUAAUGAGAUUACCAGAUUAUCUCAUUCAAAAAUGGAAAAGCGUAGUAAUAGAUAUUAGAGAGAAACAAAGAUCCCCUACGAUUGAAGAUAUUAGUACCUUUUUGCGAAAACAAGUAAAGGCGGAAUUUGAUCCCGACUUUGGAGAUAUGUCUCUAAAACCUCCCAAGUACGACCCGCGAAAGGGCGAAGCAAGAGAACGACACGGAAUUAACGCAGCACAAAGGAACGAGCAUUCGAAAGCCUUGAAAUGUUAUGUGUGUAAUGAAGACCACAAAGUGAUAGAAUGUCCUACCUUGGCUGAUUCUACCGUCCCAGAACGUUUCAACCUAGUGAGAGAGGCAAGAUUAUGCUUUUCUUGCCUGAAUAAAGGUCACGUGACGAGAGACUGUAGAUCGAAGAAAAAAUGCGAGAAAAAUGGAUGCACAAGACUUCAUCAUCAACUGUUACACGGAGAGCCUGGAACAAUGAGCGGUAUAUCAUCAGUGCUGGACAAGGGAAGCAUUCUACCAGUUGUUAGAGUUUGUUUCAGAGCACCAAACGGUCGAACACGCGAAGGAAAUGUCCUCAUCGACAGCGGCGCAGGUACCACAGUAAUUCGAAAGGAUUUUGCCCGAUCACUUGGUCUGCAAGGCAAACGAGAAAAAAUUGACCUAGCCCUUGUUGGAGGAGAAAGAGUUGAACAACCCCAAAGCAGAAGAGUGACCUUCUCAAUCUCAGCACUCAACGGAGCAGAAAAGCAGAGAAUAGAAGCCCACGAAAUCGAGAAACCGUUUUAA